GCUGAGCUGUAGCGCUGCGAGCCGCCGCACAUUGAACUCUGCACUCGAGGUCAAGAAGGCAGCCCGGAGAGCCAGUGGGACCACGUUUCAGAAGAGCGGGGAGCUAACGGAUUUGGACUCAAGCGCCUCUUAUGUAAGCGGUCGUCUUAGAUGAAGGAAGGGGAGCACGCGGUGACGGCAGCGACGGCGGCUCGAGAAGCGCGCGCGUGAAGCGAGCGAGAGCCCUGGUCCCGUGCGCAACUGCGAGGCGAAGACGGCACCAUGACCUCAGCCCGGCGACCCAGAUCAGCCGCAUGAGUUCAAUUCCGAAGCCUCUCCGUCGACGGCUGGAAACAGGUUAACCGCCCCGAUGUCAGGCCGCAACUUGAAGAUGCAGGCUUCGCCUUUUGAGAAGGCCGGGAUAUUCUCACGCAUGUUUUUCAGGUGGCCCAGGCACGUGCUGAGAAAGGGUUACAAGCAUCGGAUCGAGCGCUCGGACAUCUACCGGACUCCCCUGCAGGACCAGGCGGACACGCUCUCCGAGAGGCUCGAGAGGGAAUGGGACAGAGAAAUCUCGCAGUCAGAAAACCGCCCUCACCUGCUCACCGCGAUUCGCCGGUGCUUCCUGUGGCGCUUCGUGGGCCUGGGCGUCAUCAUGCUCCUCGCGGAGUUCACCAAAGUGGUGCAGCCCUUCUUCCUGGGCCAGAUCAUCGCCUCCUUCAACCCGAGCACCGUCGACGUGCAGGAGCCGCUGCUGCUGGCGCUGGGGCUGAGCGCGUGCUUCGUCCUGAGAACGCUGCUGCUGCACCCCGCUGUGUUCGGGCUCCAGCACCUGGGUAUGGACGUGCGGAUUGCCACCUUCUGCCUCAUUUACAAGAAGAUCAUGAAGCUCUCAAGCAGCGUCUUGGAUAAGAUCACCGUGGGACAGCUGGUCAGCUUGCUGUCGAACAACCUGAACAAGUUUGAUGAGAGCCUGACCCAGGCCCACUUCAUCUGGAUCGCGCCCAUUCAGUGCGUGGGCUUGCUGGCCUUCCUCUGGCGAGAGCUGGGGCCCUUCUGCCUCGUGGGAUUCGCCAUUCUGCUGAUCGUGACGCUGCUCCAGGCGUGGCUGGGUCACAAGAUCAACUCCUACAGAGACAAGCGCGGAGGGAAGAUCAACGAGCGCAUCGCCCUCACGUCGGAGGUGCUCGAGAACAUCGAGGCCAUCAAAGUGCACGGCUGGGAAGAGGCCAUGGGGAAGCUCAUCGACGAGCUGCGCAAGCAGGAGCUGAAGCUGACGAGCAGAGCCUCCUACAGCAGAUACUUCAACAGCGCGGCGUUCUUCUUCUCGGGCGUGUUCGUCGUGUUCGCCUCCAUCCUGCCGUACGCCGUGUACAACGAGCUCACGCUGCGCCGGGUGCUCACCUCCGUCAGCUUCUUCAACGUCCUGCGCAUGGCCAUCACCAGGUCGCUGCCGUGGUCGCUACAGAUGUGGGUCGAUGCGACCGCCUCCAUUGGAAAGAUCCAGGAUUUCCUGUUGCUGAAGGAGUACCGUCCGCUCGACUACAACCUCUCCACCACCGAGGUAGAGAUCGUGUCCAUCACGGCGUCGUGGGAUCAGAUCGAUGGAAUCGUCCCCGAGCAAGGAAGCAAGGUGAAGAAUGGAAUCAUCAACGUGGCCGCCACCGACCUGCCGUUCUACAAGUCGUACGUCCUGUCGGACAUCAACUUCAAGCUCAACAAGGGAGAGAUGCUCAUCGUCAUGGGCUCCUUCGGCUCGGGCAAGAGCUCGCUGCUGCUGCUCAUGCUGGGGGAGCUGCUGCCGUGGGACGGCCGCGUGCGCCACAGCGGCCGCCUCUCCUUCUCCUCCCAGCAGCCGUGGAUUAUCAACGCCUCCGUGCAGGAGAACAUCACCCUCGGCCUGCACUUGGACAAGGCCCUCCUCUGGCAGGUGCUGCGCGCCUGUGGCCUGCAAGAGGAAAUCAUGAAUCUGCCUCAGAAGGAGAAGACGCUGAUUGGGGAGAGUGGCUUCAACCUCAGCGGCGGGCAGAGAGCGCGCAUCUCGCUUGCCAGGGCCGUGUACAGAGAGGCAGAUCUCUAUUUGCUCGACUCUCCAUUCAGCUACCUCGAUGUGUCAACAGAAAAGCAAGUCUUCGAGAGCUGCAUCGACGGCUUCCUGGCCAAGAAGACGCGCAUCCUGGUGACGUCCAAAGUCGAGCACCUGCAGAGGGCGGACAAGGUUCUGAUUCUGAACGACGGGGUCGUUUACUUCUACGGCACCUUCCCCGAGCUGCAGAAGAGCAAGCUGGAGAUCCUGUCGCUCAUCAUGCAGGCGGAGCGCUUCGACAGCUGCAGCUCCGACCGCCGCGGCUCCAUGAUCACGGGCGUGCUGCGCCGUGGCUCCGCGCAGUCCGGUGACGCGGCGGCGUCACCCAACGCCGCCAGCGUCUCGGAGCCGCCCCAGGGGACGCAGUUCCCGUUCCAGGCCCAGCGGUUCUCCGUCGUCUCCGCCGCCGGGACGUCCGUCGUCGUCGCGAUCCCCACGGCCGGCCCGCACGAGCCCGAGGGUCGCCGGCUGUCGCUCAUCCCGGACACGGAGGAUGGGAAGCAGCUGCUGCCCGCCGCCGGCGCGGGGCCCCUGCACGCCAGCAAGCGCAGGAAGUCGGUGCUGCACCUCAUGUUGGGGGUAUCGGCCGGCUACGAGAACACGCGGCGCGCGGCGCGCAUCCAGCAGCACGCCCCGCACGGCGACCCCUUCCUGCUGCCCAGCGUCGUGCCCCAGAGGCUGCCCGCCCGCAAGUCGCUCACCAGCGUGGCGGAAGAGAGCGACGACGUUCCGGAAGACGACAACAUCAAGGACUGCUUUGUGGACGCGGAUGGCGAGGAGGGGGAGCUGGCGAGCUGGACCACGUACCGCCGCUACUUCGGCAGCAGCACCCUCUUUGGCAUCGUGCUGUGCCUCAACCUGGUGCUCUUCGCGAUCCAGGUCAUGGUGUACGGAGUGGGACUAUGGAACCUGCGGAGUCAAGAAGACCGCGUGAACACGACGCGGCCCGACAACGGCACGGAUGGCGUCCAAAGCUUCACGGACAACUACUACUACUUCUACAUCUACGUGGGACUGGCCGACAGCUUUUUCGUGCUGGACCCCAUCCGGGGGCUGCUGCUCAUCCACUCGGCGAUCCGCGUGUCGGACACUCUGAGCCGCGGAAUGCUGCGCGCCAUCCUGCACGCGCCCGCCUCCUUCUUCCUGGAGAAGCAGCCAGGCUACAUCAUCAACCGCUUUUCAAAAGAUGUGGCCAUCACCGAUGAUCAGCUCCCACUGGCAAUAUUCGAUUACUUCCAGCUGUUCCUCAUCGUGCUGGGCGCGGUGACCGUGGUGAGCGCCAUGAUCCCGUGGACGAUGCUCGUCACGCUGCCUCUCGGCAUCAGCUGCAUGAUCCUGCGCCACUACUUCCUGAGGACGUUCCGCCAGCUCAAGCAGAUGGAGUCGGAAGCCAAAAACCCAAUCUUUGCUCACAUUGUCGCCACUCUGAAAGGGCUGUGGACGAUCAGGGCUUUCAGCCGAGACGACUACUUUGAAAACAUCUUCCACCAAGCCCUGGACAUCCACACGGCCACCUGGUUCCUCUACCUCUCCGCCCUUCGCUGGUUCCAGAUGCGAAUCGACAUCAUUUUCACACUGUUCAUCACGGCGGUGACGUUCAUUUCCGUGGGGGUGAAGGGUUACAGCGAAGGCUCCAUUGCCAUUGCGCUCACGCUGGCCAUGAACAUCAUGAGCACCUUCCAGUGGGCCAUCAACACCAGCAUCGAGGUGGAGGGCAUGAUGCGUUCCACGGAGCGGAUUUUGCGCUUCAUGGACAUCCCGGAGGAGAGCAGUGGCUUCGUGGUGACGCCGCCGCCGCCGGACUGGCCCAAUGCCGGCCACCUGGAGGUGGUGAACCUUUCCAUGCGGCACUCGCCGACAGCGCCGUACGUGCUCCAGAACAUCUCCUUCAACGUCCAGCAGGGACAGAAGAUGGGAAUCCUGGGCCGCACGGGCGCGGGGAAGAGCACGCUGCUCGCGUGCCUGCUGCUGCAGAGGGACGUGGAGGGAGAGGUGCGCAUCGACGGCCUGUCGGCGCGUAACGUGGCACCCUACACGUGGAGGUCGGCGUUCCAGGUCAUCACGCAGAAAAUAUUUAUUUUUACCGGAACGUUAAGGAAAAAUCUGGAUCCGUACGGACGAUGCAACGAUGAAGAAAUAUGGAAAGCCAUUGACCUGGCGGGGCUGCGCGACGUGGUGGAGGCGCUGCCUGGAGGGCUCGACGUCAUGCUGGUGGAGGGCGGGUGGGUGCUGAGCGAAGGGCAGAAGCAGCUCCUCUCGCUGGUGCGCUGCCUCCUCUACAAGGCCCGGAUCCUGCUGCUGGACGAGCCCACGGCAAACCUCGACCAGAUAACGGCACAGAUCAUGAUGAGGAUCAUUCGUAAGGAAUUUAAGGACUGCACCAUCUUGGUCUCGGAGCACAGGAUCCGCGCCAUUUACGACUGCAAUCAGAUCCUUGUCCUGGAGGACGGAAAAGUGAGGGAGUACGGGACGGCGCAGAUGGUGUUCAAGAAGAGCGCCCUGUUCCGCGAGUUCGUGCCGGACGCGGGCUCGUUCCGGGGUCACCCCGUGAGGAGCAGCAUGACCCUCAGACACUCCAUCAAGCACAUCUCCCUCCAGGAGGAGCUGGCCGAAGACGACGUCAUACAAGAGACGAGGCUCUAGCUCACGACACCGGCGGGGAUGAAAGUAUUUCCGCAGUUUUGUUGGUGAGCCUCGCUUGGAGGAUUUUUGUAAAAGUGCGUCUGUGUGUGAGUGUGUGCGCAAAGUUGGUGCGUGUGGAUAUCCAGCAGGUGGAGCGGUGGCACAGUGGUUAGUGCACCGCACUACGAACCCGGCGACCUAGGUUUGAUUCCUGACCAUAGCUAACAAUAAUGGCGAAUGCCUGAACCGUCCUAGGCCUUCACCAAGUGGACUUGGCUUUAAUUAGCACGUGGUGCAAUGUGUUUGCAUCAGCAUUGGACAGAUGAAGAGUGCCGGGUCGCGGCCUUAAUAGGUGCUUGCUUCAGAGCACCUGCCCCAACAAUCUAAAUGAGGCUAUAUGGGGAUCUUUGUCAGGCACAGAGUGCAGCCCAGAUGUGCGAGCGGUUAACACCAUAUCAAGUUCAAGUUCAUUUAUUAGGUAUAGCCCUGUGAGCCAUUCGGCUCUUGAAUCGGGUGCAACAAAAAACAAAAAACAUGAACAAAAACAUCUUAAAGUGAAUAUGUGACUAAGUGCAAAUAGAAAAUCCAAGAAAAGACAGCAAAAUAUUGCAGAAAAAAGACACCGUACACCAACGCUGUGUGCAAAAAUCCUAGUGGGAUGCAAGUCAAACAACAACAACAACCAUAAGACAAUAUGAAGUUGGAGAUCGUCUAUAAUGCAGCUAAUGUUUCUGGUUAAUAAUUGCUACAAUGUCUAAAGAGAUGUUUUCAUGAGAUUGUAAUCAUCACAUCUAUUUUGUUUGUAAACGAGAGUAGUGAAGGUGGUAAUUGCGACUGUAGACACCUGCCAUUCACAACUUGCAUGGGACUUGUUUCCCAUUCUUGAAAAGUGAAAGUCCCCGGGUUUGACGCACGUGCAAGGGCUAUCCACAACGCAGUCUGGCUCACGGUUGGAGAACCGUUGCCCUGCUGGGGUCCAAACAAACCGAGCCUUCCAGAUCCCUGAGGCGGGCUGGCACACAUGGGCACCUGCCGCAGUGUUAUCCAAUAGCGAGGCGACAAUAACUUGGGCUCACUUUCACCGUGGUGACAGAUAUGACUGAGCAAGGCAAAAAUUAGAAACAGCGUCGUCAGAUCCACACGUUUUCCCUCCAGCGUUCGAUUAGCGCAGCCGAGAUGCUCGCAGUGACGGAUAAAUAUUGCUCGCGGUCCGUUGGCCAACUCCUCGUUGGCCUCAUGUGGCAGCGGGCUGGACGAAGCGAAGUCACGGGCCAGGUGCGGCCCAGGGCCGUAGGCUCCACACCCCUAGGCUAGCGUGCCGCGGUAGCGCACGCGAUGCGCGCACGAGGAGGACACGUGGAAGAUCUCGCUCGGCACCGGCGCACGGAGUUCGUGCUUCGUCAGUGUCUCGUGAGGUACGGCAACAACUCGAUUGUCCCAAAUACUAGAGACAGCAAAACACAGCAGCAGGAGCUCACAGGCACAGCGCGAACAGCCGGCCGUCAUUUGAGGCUAUCAACCGUCCUGUUUUGGCCAGGACACCGCUGUUCCGGUGUCCUGAAGUGUUUCCAAAAAAAUUGGGAUUUUUUUUUCCCGGUUUAAAAUUUUCUGGCUUCAUGCAUGAAUCUUGGUUUGGGCAAACGGCGGGGCUACCUGAAUAUUGGGCGGGGUUGAUAGAGUCGGCUAGGCUUCUGAGCAGCAGGCGGAGUCAACAUCGAAUAGCGAAUCCGUGCGCUGUGCGUGUGAAGCUCGCGAAUAAGUGGGCAUGGCUUCCUUCAAGUGGGAGGGGCUGACCGAGGGAAGGGCCUCACAGGCAUGUUAGUAGAUUUAGUCACGUGGGGCGAGGUUGAAGCUGUGAUGGAAGGGUCGUUGUUGUCGAUGUUUCUCGUUGUGUCUGUGCUCAUGUAAUUCAGUGUCUACUGCCAGCAAGUUCUGUAAGUGGCGGCUUCCCGUGACACUUUUUAUAUUGAACUUCGUUUUUUCUAAUUCUUGUGUUGACUCGUCCAGAUUAUUUAGAUUUCUGGAUCAGCGGUGACCAUGUUAGUGUGGCUUUACUGUAUUCGUGUUGCUGUACUGCCUAUAAGAGGGAAGCUAGAUGUGAACUCAAAGGGCGCUAAUCACGAGUUGCUUCCCAGCUGAGCACUGCUCAGAGCACUGUGUUCACUUUUGCAGAGCGUUGAGUCUUCACGCAUGUACAGAUGCUAUCAGUUAAAGUCAGGCUCCAAUCUGUCCGGGUUUGAGCCGCACACUCCGGGAAUUGGCAUCUGUGUUUGUGUGUAUACCGAUAUCUGCUACCGGUCUUCUGUUCCAACUUUACUGCAGGACACUGCGCCGUUUUUCAGCGACCUUGGCUGACUGCGAAAUACGUCUGGGUUUGGUCGACUGUGGAAACAGUGGCAGCCCGAAUUUAAAGGAGGUGAAAAUAAUGUUACCGGCAACUGAUAUUGUACUCGAUUUACACCCCCCAGAAGGCGUUUUAAAGCAACCUUUUGCUAUGCAAGUGGAGAACGAGGGCUAGGGUUUGUCGACAAGAGGGUCUCGCCACGAGCUCGGUUUGUCAGUGUCGUGCAUGACCAAGCGAAAUGAACAAAUGCGGCGUGUCGUGUUCCCGACCCGGUGACCCCGUCGUCCUGUGUGCCCCCUCGCGCAAAGCCGCCACUUGAAACUGCCCCGGGGCAGAUGGGGCGACUGAGCACGGGGCUUCUGAGUUCGUGGCUCGUGCUGGCUAUGUGCCCGACUUACGCCGCUGAACUAAAAUUCUGUAAUGAAGAACAAAAUGUUGUUAUGUCUGAACGGAAAGGGCUGUCGCCUGCGCGGACUGCCGGCAGUGACAUGGAACGAGAAUGGUGCCACUUCGCGAGAGAAAUGUUACACAAGCUUCUUUUUUUAGGUUUUAUGUUCGCGCAAAGCAGCAUAACGACCUUGGAAGAGCCCGAUGGGACAAAAGGCAAAUGAGAGCAUGAGACAUUUCAGUCACUGUUAGGAAAAGACAGCGCGUAUGACCAGAAGUGAUUCUCUGAGCGCUACGCACACACCGCACGCACUCGUUACUGUGAAGAGGUGAGUAACCUCGCUAACUGGCGGUCAGUCACCUCCCUGUCGCUCUUCCAUCGCUACUCCCAUGACUACUGGUCCCAUGAAUUUCACUGAUCAUGGAUUCUUCCAUCCGUGCCGAAGACUCGGCGGGGCACACCGAGCGUAUAUCUCACCCACACCGUGGUUAGCGGCCGCGCUGCAGGGCAACGUGGUGUCCGUGCAGGUGUUUGUUGAGUCGUCUGUGUCGGUGUGACAAUUUCGCACGAUUGUUGGAGAUAAUUGUCACGCUUGAUCUUCUUGGUUCUUUCGGUAAAGUCACGUAGAAGGGAAAUAAUAAAAUAAUGUAUUUUAUUUUUUUUAUUUUUAUUCUUUUAUUAUUUCCCUUCUACGUGACUUUACCGAAAGAACCAAGAAGAUGAAUCCCUGCAGUCAAGAAAGCUUUAAAUCGAAAAAUGUCACGCUUGAGUUUGUUGAAGAUUUUCUCGUGGGAUCUUACCCCCGAUUGUAUUAAGCAUCUCGGCGUCCUGUCCUGUACGUAUGUAUGUUGAACUUCUUUCGUACCAUACGUAGCCAAUCGUGCAGAAUCAGGCCAGCUCUCCUCGAAUGAAUGACACCAGCUUCUCAAGCGCAGUGAGUUGGUGGGCUCAGCCCGGUUACCAAAGGCUGUGCUAAACCACGAUCACACUGCACUUUGCUUUCAUUUAAUUAGUAAAAUUAUAGCUGAGAUAAAAAAAAACAUACUCUUUGGUUUUUUCGGUAAAGUCACGUGGGUGAAAAUAAAAUAAAAAUGAAAACAACUAUAUUUUUAUUUUAUUUUCACCUACGUGACUUUACCGAAAAAACCAAAGAGUAUGGAUCCUUGCAGUCACGAAAACUUCAAAUCUAGAAAUAAAAAAACAUGUUUUGAAGAACAUCCCUUGCGUACAAUGCGUGUAAACCUGCAAUGCCCUUCACGUGGCAAAGAGGCGAUUUGAUGUCCUAACUGGCAGUGAUAUCACCUUCCACUGGGUGGUGCACUGUUGUCUGCAAGAGUUUCGAAGGAAACACUCAUCUUGCGACGCGACAAUGGAAUAUAAUUGAGAAAAUACGAUUGUGUUCUCGAAGUUGUCGAGAUCGCUACCACCACCAACAGGAUGUAUGCUGCCAGUGGUAUAGUUGAAUGCAGAUUUGACAAACUGACUUCAUUUAUAAUUUUCAGCGGCACUGGACAGUUCGAUGUUGUAUGGGGCCGUCCAUAAAUAAAUGACGUCACGCGAUUUUGGACAAUUUUUGACCCCCCCCCCUCGUCACACGGCGUCACAAAAGUCAGACCCCCCCUCAAAUAUGACGUCACAAAGCUCUCCCUCCCCCCCACAAAAAAACAUGCUUCAAAUCGCUUUAAACUAUUGUCAUUGUAGUGCGUAUUUAAUGUGCCGCUGCACUCUGAUGUUGUAGGAGAAAACAUUUAUUAAAAAAAAGUCUAUUUAAUUAAGUAGAACGUGGUGUUUAUAUGUAUUUAAAGUUGUGCAUUUUUACGUGACGUCACAUUUCUCAAACCCCCUUCCCCUCGUCACACAUCGUCACAAAUGUCUGACCCCCCCCCCCCAGGUGCGUGACGUCAUUUAUGGACGGCCCCUAUGAAAUACUGUGGUGUUAUGCGGUUUCGAAAGUAGCUCGCUGCUGACUGGAGCUGCUGUCUGCGCGUAACCAUUCGCCACGUGCACUUCUUUGAUCCUUCCAUUUCACUCGCAAGUUUUAAACGCGUGGAAUGAGAGACGCAGACGUAAAGAGUGCGAGUGCAAAUGUGUCCUGAUCGUGCGUUGUAUAUGUUACUUGUAAGGCUCCAUACAUUUGCGGUGAUCUGAUUCCGUCUUUUUUUAACGACAUUUUAUCAGACGGCAGUGAGUGUGGCGGCUACACCGCGCGGAACGCAACUCGGUUCACAACUCCAUGGAGAACCAUGGAGUUGUUUCUACAUCAACACCCUUAGCAGCGCCGACCCUAUUACAGACCAAUUCAGACCUUAUUGGUCACCCCGUGCCCUCAUACAUCUCAACGUUCAUCCUACAAAGUCCCAUCGCGAGGGAGAAACGGUUGUACGCCGUAUGGACCUGGAAACUCAAUUUCCGUGUGCAAGAAUGCGGGGUAAACCGUAUGGGUUGACAGGUAUGGGAUUGGCUUGCUCGAAUACCAACCCUGUGUAGAAGACGAGACAUUUCUGUGUUGAAUCCUGAUGCAAGCUCUGGAUAAACGUUAAUUUACAGUUUGAUACGUGUUGAAUAACUUGAUCUUUAUAAAGCUGUUUUGUAUAUUUUGUAUAUAAAAUAAAACUGGACAGUUUAACCGA